AUGUCACAGUUGUUGGAAUGCCAGCUACAGACUUCCUUCUGUUUGGUGUCAUGGUUUUUGUCCUUGGUGUUGGCAGUGGCAGAGGAGUCUUGUAAAUGCAAUGGCUGGAAGAACCCCAAUCCCUCUCCCACUCCACCAAGAGCAGACCUCCAGCAAAUAAUUGUCAGUCUGACGGAAUCCUGCCGGAGCUGUAGCCAUGCCCUCGCUGCUCAUGUUUCCCACUUGGAGAAUGUGUCAGAGGAGGAAAUGAACAGACUCCUGGGAAUUGUGUUGGAUGUGGAGUACCUGUUUACCUGUGUCCACAAAGAAGAAGAUGCAGAUACCAAACAAGUUUAUUUCUACCUAUUCAAGCUCUUGAGAAAGUCUAUUUUACAAAGAGGAAAACCUGUGGUUGAAGGCUCUUUGGAGAAGAGGCCCCCAUUUGAAAAGCCCAGUAUUGAACAGGGUGUGAAUAAUUUUGUGCAGUACAAAUUUAGUCAUUUGCCAUCAAAAGAGAGGCAGACAACAAUUGAGCUGGCCAAGAUGUUUCUGAAUCGAAUCAACUACUGGCACCUGGAAGCUCCAUCACAGCGGAGACUAAGGUCUCCCAAUGAUGACAUCACUGGAUACAAGGAGAACUACACAAGGUGGUUGUGCUACUGCAAUGUGCCGCAGUUCUGUGACAGCCUACCUCGGUACGAAACCACAAAGGUGUUUGGGAGAACAUUGCUUCGCUCGGUUUUCACCAUCAUGAGACGACAGCUCCUGGAGCAAGCUAGACAGGAAAAAGACAAACUGCCUCUUGAGAAACGCACGCUAAUCCUCACACAUUUCCCAAAGUUUCUGUCUAUGUUGGAAGAAGAAGUGUAUAGUCAAAAUUCUCCUAUCUGGGAUCAGGAUUUUCUCUCAACCUCUUCCAGAACUAGCCCACUAGGAAUCCAAACAGUGAUCAGUCCUGCUGUUACUGGACCAGCAUCAUUCAGUUCAAACUCCUCUUCCCAUGAGCAGAUCAAUGGAGGGAGAACAAGUCCUGGCUGCAGAGGCCCUUCUGGGCUUGAAGCAAACCCAGGAGAAAAGAGGAAAAUGAACCACUCUCAUGCUCCAGAGGAAGCCAAGAGAUCCUGAGUGAUGGGGGAUAUUCCUGUGGAAUUGAUCAAUGAGGUUAUGUCUACCAUCACAGAUCCUGCAGUGAUGCUUGGACCAGAGACCAAUUUUCUGUCAGCACAUUCAGCCAGAGAUGAGGCGGCAAGGCUGGAAGAGCGCAGGGGUGUCAUUGAAUUCCAUGUGGUGGGCAAUUCCCUGAACCAGAAACCAAACAAGAAGAUCCUGAUGUGGCUGGUGGGCCUACAGAAUGUGUUUUCUCACCAGCUCCCCCGGAUGCCCAAAGAGUACAUCACUCGGCUCGUCUUUGAUCCGAAACACAAAACCCUUGCUUUAAUUAAAGAUGGUCGUGUCAUUGGUGGUAUCUGUUUCCGGAUGUUUCCAUCCCAGGGAUUCACAGAAAUUGUUUUCUGUGCAGUAACCUCAAAUGAACAAGUCAAGGGCUAUGGAACACACCUGAUGAACCAUCUCAAAGAAUACCACAUAAAGCAUGACAUCCUGAACUUCCUCACAUAUGCAGAUGAGUAUGCCAUUGGCUACUUCAAGAAGCAGGGUUUCUCCAAAGAAAUAAAAAUACCUAAAACCAAAUAUGUUGGGUACAUCAAGGAUUAUGAAGGAGCCACUUUGAUGGGAUGUGAGCUGAAUCCUCAGAUUCCAUAUACAGAGUUUUCUAUCAUCAUUAAAAAGCAGAAGGAGAUCAUCAUUAAAAAGCUGAUAGAAAGAAAACAAGCCCAGAUUCGAAAAGUCUACCCUGGACUUUCAUGUUUCAAAGAUGGAGUUCGGCAGAUCCCUAUAGAAAGCAUUCCUGGAAUCAGAGAGACAGGCUGGAAACCAAGUGGAAAAGAGAAAAGUAAAGAGCCCAAAGACCCCGAGCAGCUGCACAGCACCCUUAAGAACAUCCUGCAGCAGGUGAAGAGCCAUCAAAGUGCUUGGCCUUUCAUGGAACCUGUGAAGAGAACAGAAGCUCCAGGAUAUUAUGAAGUUAUAAGGUUCCCCAUGGGGUCUCAUUAUGUAGCCUUGGCUGACGUGAACUAGCUAUAGACCUCGACCAACCAGUAGAGUUGAUUGGCCUGAAACUCAGAGACCCGACUACCUCUACCUUCUGUGUGCUGGAAUUAAAGGAUUGG